AUGCCCUCUUUCCGAACAAUCGUCUUGGCCGUUGCUGCCUCGGCCGUUACUGUUGUCAACGCCGACUAUGUGAUCGACCCCAACAGUGUGCCUUUGGCUACUCGACGCUUUUGGUGUGAUAACGAGGUAGAGACUUGCCCCAUGAUUUGCGAGCAGUCAAGCAAGGGAGACACAAAAGUCAACGAAUGUGAUCCUAAAACUCUUACUUACGGCUGCAUCUGCGGAGAUGGCAAGCAACCUAAUGUGUCUCAAUACUCCCUGACUCUACCAUUCUACGUCUGUCAAGAAUGGGGCAACCAGUGUGUUGAUGAUUGUGCCGGCAGUGCCUCUUGUGCCUCCGACUGCCGCCAGAAGAACCCAUGUGGUGCCAACAACCCUACGAAGGCAAAUGUGACUUCCACAGCUACGGGCACUGCUGCCGUCAAGGCAACAGCUAGCGCUACUGAUGAUCUUAACGUGGUCUACACGAACAACCCAGGAAGCGAGGAUGACGAUGACGAUGAUAGCUCCUCUUCAACAAAGUCCAAUGCUGCUACCGCUAUCGAGGCCGGCCAAACAUGGGGCCUCACUAUCGUUCUCGGCGCUGUGUUUGCCGGCUUCGCGAUGCUAUAA